GGAUUCAGGAGGUAUUUCUGUCACUACGCCCCACCCUCCAAAUGCCCUUCACUCCUAUAAAUCCCAUCCUCCUCCAAGCUUCAGAGUUUACCCGGUUUGCCCACACAUUCCCGCCACCGCAGACGGCGAUUCCCCUUCUUCCAGUCCCCAAUAUAUCCACUGGACCCGCGCGUCUCAUCAAACUGGUGGGACGACACCGCCGGCCAGCUUCUCCGGCCACCGUGUGUCGUCGCACGAAGCUUGCGGUGGCGAAGCCUACGUCCUUCCUCGGGGGCGGCGCCAUGGGGUUCACGCUGUACCCCACCAAGUCGUCGACGACGCGCACGCCGUGGAGCACCAGCUUCUUCCGCCACAAGUUCCCGGCGGCGGCGCCCUCCUUCUUCUGAUCAGGCUGUACAUAGCUCCGGCCGCCCGGCGAUCUCCGUGUUCCACGAGGAGGUGGGGGAGCAUACGUACGUACGUACACCGAUACACGUGAGUGUGAGCGUACAAAAUACAAGUCCUUUCUUUGGUUCGUUGUUAGUGAAUUGGCGCAUGGACUACGGCCGCAACAUGAUCAGCUCCGCCGUGCCAUUCCGCGCCGCCGGCGAAGGCGGCGGACAGGUUUUCCUCUUCGGCGGCGGUGGCGGCGGCGGCGAAUUCCUUCGAGGUGCGCCGGUGGUGGGGGCCGGUGCGGCGGGCGGCGGCUGGCGCAAGCGGCCGUUCCAGCUGGCAGCGCAUGAGGAGCUGCAGCUGCAGCUCGAGCUGGGCGACGACGAGCUGGCCGGCUUCGACUACGAGCUGAACGGCGGCGGGGCGCAGGAGCGGACGAAGCGCCGGCUGACGGCGGAGCAGGUGCGGGAGCUGGAGCUGAGCUUCGAGGAGGAGAAGCGGAAGCUGGAGCCUGAGCGGAAGAGCGAGCUGGCGCGGCGGCUGGGGAUCGCGCCGCGGCAGGUGGCCGUGUGGUUCCAGAACCGCCGCGCGCGCUGGAAGGCGAAGCAGCUCGAGCAGGACUUCGACCGCCUCAGGGCCGCGCACGACGAGCUCCUCGCCGGCCGCGACGCGCUCCUGGCCGACAACGACCGCCUCCGGUCACAGGUGAUCACCUUGACUGAGAAACUUCAAGCUAAGGAGGAGUCGUCGGCGCCAGAUCCGGAGGAGCAGACUGUCGCUGCCCUGCGAGAGGGAGCCUACGGUACUCUCGAACAAGAUCAGCUCUGCAUCCAGCCCGCCACCGGCGGCGCGGCGCCGGCGCCGGCGGUGGGUUAUUGUUACACGGGGGGAGACAGCGACAGCCCGGAGUCCUAUCUGGCCGGCGCGCGCUCGCCGCCGUCGUCAUCGGAGGACGAUUGCGGCGGCGGCGACGGUGACGCUGGGCCCUUCUUCCUCCCCGACCCCGAAGAGGACGGGGUGCAGCUCAACAACUGGGCAUGGCUAUGGAACGAGCAGCAGUAUAACAUAGCGUAGAAGUGUUUGCAAAUGUAUAUUUGGUUUUGCGUUUUCUUAGUAUUGGUACUGUACCUCUGCUGAUAAAUUAAAGCUUUAUUAUUUAUAUUUUUUUAUUUAUA